ACUUUCAGUCCCCAGAUUCGGGUUUGCAUUGCAGGCGGAGCUGCGCGGGAUCCAAAGGUCCCCAUGCAAAGAGCGCUGCUCUCCGCCGGCCGCCUUGCUUGGAGCCGCUUUGCGAGGAUGAGCAGCACCUCAGCCGGCCGCUCCCUGGCCGAGAAGGUGGCCCUGGUGACGGCCUCCACCGAAGGAAUUGGCUUAGCCAUCGCACGCCGGCUGGCACAAGACGGGGCACACGUGCUGGUGAGUAGCCGGAAGCAGGCCAACGUGGACCGGGCGGUGGCUGAAUUGCAGGCCGAGAAUCUCAGCGUGUCAGGAUUGGUGUGCCACGUGGGGAAGGCAGAAGACAGACGGCGCCUAAUGGAUGUGGCCGUCGAGCGCUACGGGGGAAUUGAUAUUUUGGUCAGCAACGCAGCCGUGAACCCGUUUUUCGGAAGCAUGUUGGACGCCACGGAGGAAGUCUGGGAUAAGAUAUUGGAUAUCAACGUAAAGGCAACAGCGUUGCUAGCCAAUCUGGUGGUCCCUCAUAUGCAGAAAAGGGGAAGCGGCUCCAUCGUCAUCGUGGCGUCCGUUGCUGGAUAUAUGCCGUUUCCAAGCCUCGGGCCUUACAACGUCAGCAAGACGGCCCUCCUGGGCUUGACCCGCAACCUGGCCAACGAACUGGCCCCUCACAACAUCCGGGUCAACUGUCUGGCGCCCGGCCUCAUCCGCACGAAAUUCAGCUCGCCCUUUUGGCAGGAUGAAAACACAGAACGCCGAAUACUGGAAACCUUGCGGAUAAAGAGGAUCGGAGUCCCAUCAGACUGUUCGGGCAUCGUCUCUUUCCUUUGCUCCGCCGAUGCCGACUACAUCACCGGAGAGACGGUGGUGGUGGCUGGUGGCGCCCCAGCCCGUCUUUGACCAGGAGAUCGUGGUGCCUUCCGUGGUUCAGCUAUGACGACGGAUGAGAUAACCGCACAACGGGGACCUCAGAAAAAUAAGAUGUGGGGGUGAUUGGGGGGGGGGCGUGUCCCAGCUGGGAUGGUGGUUGGGUCAACUUCAAAGAGAGAGAGAGAGAGGUCAACUUUCUUGAGAAGAAGUGAUGGCCACCAAAAAAAAAUGGACCUCCUCCUAACCAGGUUUGUGUGUGUGUGUGUGUGUGUGUGUGUGUGUGUGUGUGUGUGUGUGUGUGUCCUGUGGGAUUUUAGGUGGAAAAGGCUGAAGUUGAAGGGAGUCCUUUGCACACGUGCGUGCAAGGAGACACCUCCCCCUGCGCAAGCUCGCUCCGAGCCCGUGUUGAGUGAAAGAUGGCUAGUUUGAUCCUGGUUUGUUUUAAACUUUGUACCUCUUGGAGGUUGGGGAGGGGAUAUUGAGGGCAAUAUGGUGGUGGGGGGGAAGGAAGGGGCUUCCCUAAUGCUUCUGGGGAAAUUAGGGGAGGGUCUUCUGUGGUGGGGGCGGAGAAACUCAGCUUGGACGGGUUCCAAGACGGGGGAGAACAGCCCGAAUCUUGGGGGUACACAAGUCGCUGGUACUCACCCCUGCCCUGCUUCGGUGCCUUCUGUGUAAUAAUGAAAAUAAACACAUCUUUGGAAUCACAA